CAAAUCACUAUUACGGAUGACGUAAUUGCACUAAAAUAAUGAACAAGAUUAACCGUGUUCUUUAUUCAAAUCCUCUGGAAAUUUAACAAAGGUUAUAACUUAAUAAACUUGUUCAUUUUAAAGUAGUCUCUAUUACAUUCAAAAUAAGGUUUUAAGUCGAUUGGGGAGUAGGCGUUUAGGCGCCGCGCGGUGCUUACGUGCAAGUUACCGUGACGUAAGCGGUGGCGCCUAAGCGUCGCGCGUAAAUCAAGGAGGAAGCAUUCAUAUUGUAAUUUGUAUAUUUUAUGCCUCAUCAUCGACAUACAGCUGAUGGACUUCCACUGCAGCAAAUUUUUGGAAAAAUCCAACAAACUCCACUAUGAAACUGGUGUUCGCUUGUCUGGCGGUGCUGUUCUUAUCCUCGGCACUAGCUAAGCUAGGGAGACGCAAGAAGCCGAGCGUUGCUGAUGCUUUUGACGACGCUGGUAUCACAGAAAUUCUGAAUAUCACGGCACCAAAAAAUUGGCUAAAAGUAAAAUAUGGUCCCAUAGAGGUAAAGCUAGGAAAUGACAUUUACCCUGGAGACACUAUACUACGUCCCACGAUUUCGUUCGAUAAAGCAGACCCCGACGCCUAUUAUACUUGGUGCCUGCUAGAUCCCAACUACAACAACUAUCCAGCUAAGAGCACAAAGCGUUAUCCUUCCUCGAUUUACGCAUUGUACGUGAAUAUACGAAACUUGGACAUAAAGGCGGCGGAUGUACUGGCGUCGUACGCAGGCCCCGUCCCUGGCCCGGGGACUGGGGAACAUUACUACGUGCAUCUGUAUUGGCAACAGAAAGGAAAAAUAGAUGUCAAGUCGCGUGAUUUGCCAGACUACGAAGUAGAUCAGCGGUAUCCCUUCAACCUGACCGAGUUCCUAUCACAACAUAACUACUGCGAUGAACCUGCAGCCGGUAAUUUCCACACGGCAAGCUUUCCCGACGACUUGCAAGAGGUCUGUGAAGAGGGAGGUUAUUGUCAAUGACGAGGGUUUUAAUUUAAUAUAAGAUCUUUCAAAAUAUAUGUAUCUAUACUUAUAAUAAAA